AUGAGUCACUUAUUGUGGAAAUCCUACUGGGAAAACGAUGUCGACCGGUUUCGGCGUCUGCUGGCCCCAACCAGCUACAAUGCCCAGUCGCUAUCGAAGAGUCCUGCGAUAGGAGGAACUGGUGUAUUCUUCGGUGGAAGCCCUGGUCUUCCUGGGACUUCCCCACGACCAGCGAAUAAGCAACGACGAGCUUCCGGCCAUCCGCAGACGCCUGGUAAAUCAAAGGACGGCAGUACGCAUCUUGGACGAACCGAAGUCAACAGCCGCGACCAUGCUGGAUUGACAGUUUUACUUCGUGCUGCCUCAUCGACCGACCCGAAUGCCCACGAGUUUGUUCGGGCUCUUAUCGAACAUCCUACCAUUGAUCUCUACGUCCAAGACCCCGAGAGUGGCUGGAAUGCCCUCCAUCGAUCCUUAUACGUCGGAAAUGUUUCGAUUGCGCGACUGUUGCUGGAAAAGGAACGAGUGGACUUAACAAGCCAUAAUCUAAACGCUGUGAACAAAGUCGGACUCCUGAUCAAGACGAAAGACCAUGAGGGAAACAGUCCCUUUGACGUCUAUAACUCAACGAUCGCCGCCAGGUCUUUGAAGAGCAUGGAAAAUGGGAGCAAUUCUGACAGCGACGCUGAUAGCGUUGAUAGCGGAGGUGAUGGUUUACAUCAUGUGAUAAAGGCGUCGCAUGGGUUGCGAAGCUCGAUUGAUGGUGACGAACUCUUUGUUUUUGGCAGCAACAAGAAUGUUUCUCUUGGAGUCGGCGAUGAGGACGAUCGCCAGUAUCCUGAUCGUAUUCAUCUAUCCAGGCCCGAACUUCUUGUGCACCGAUUAUACCACUCACACUUGGAUGAGCAGGAUGAGGAAGCCCCUUCUUCGUUAAAACUGGAUGAGAUUCCGACUUUGGUUCGAAACCGGCCGCUCGUUAUUCAGGAUGUCUGCAUGUCCAAACUGCAUAGUGCUAUCCUGACAACUGAUCCAGUCUCAAAUUUGUACGUUUGUGGUGUUGGCCGUGGAGGCCGACUUGGAUUAGGAGACGAAAACACACAGUUCAGAUUCGUACCUGUUCAAGGUCCAUUCAUUGACAAAAAGAUCCACCAAGUUGCACUUGGGCAGAAUCAUACCAUGGCCGUUGUCGAUAAUGGAGAACUUUGGACCUGGGGCUUGAAUUCUGCCUCACAGCUAGGAUAUGCUUUGCCUCCACCGAUGAAGGCAGAUGAAGAACCCAUGAGCCUUACUCCUCGCCAAGUCUUUGGAUCUCUCAAGAAAGAAAUUGUCCUCGGGGUUGCUGCGUCUGCAAACCAUUCUGUUGCCCAUACGGGAUCCUCACUAUUUACUUGGGGUCGUAAUGUCGGACAACUGGCUCUAAUGGACGCCGAUUCGAGAUCACUUGAUAUUCAACAUACCCCCAGAAAAGUGGCUGCUUCUCUUCUCGCUGCCCCGAUCGAGAUGGUGUCAGCGAUUGACAAAGCCACUAUCUGCCUGCUUUCCAACCAUACUGUCUGGGUCUUCAGUCACUAUGGUUAUAAUCUGGUCAAGUUCCCAUUUCCCGAUGUCUUUGCGAACAAUAUCUUCAUGACACGAUAUGAAUCAGGCGGUCGAAGGGAGAUUGACCAUAUCACUGCAGGUGGCGAGACAAUAGCUGCUGUGACUGCCCGUGGUGACCUCUUCACGUUUCAUUUGAACGAUAAGGGGGAUCCAAGCCAGUCUGCUGCAUCCACUACGAAUCCAGUUAAGAUUAAGAAUGCCAUUACACAGCCACAAUGUGUCUGGGACUCUCGCAAGGACGGAGUCGCAUCUGUCGGAGUUGGCGAACAUGGCUCGGUCAUUAUCUGCACAGAAUCAGGGGCUGUAUGGAAUCGUGUCAAGCGUACUAAAGGCAAACUGACUGGAUUUUCUGGAUCAACCGGCACGAAACGCAAAGACUUCAAAUUCCAGCGAGUACCAUACAUCACCAACUGUGUUGCUGUCAGAAGCUCCAUUUUCGGCGCUUUUGCGGCCAUCAGAAAGGACAGCAAAGUUAUGGCAGAGGAGAUUGAGAUUGGUGAGAAAUCUCUUCGCGAUGAUAUUGGCUCUCUACUCUGUCUCAAUGAUUUUGAGGCUUCACGACAUCACUCUGAAGCAAAGGGCGCUCGGAAAACAUGGGAAGCUGCCAUUGUUAGGGAGAAGCGAGACCCUGUAAGCUACGAAAUUCUCCGAUCAGCCGACAUCGAAACAGAUUUGCGGUGCUGGCUGGAAAUCAACUCUUUCCAAUACGACGACAUGAAUAUGGCUAUCUGUUCCUCCUCUUUGCCUGAUAUGAAGAUCCCUAUCCACAGCUGGGUUCUUGCUGGCAGAAGCCCGGUCUUGCGGCAGGCACUAUCAGAGUUACGCGAGCGAGGAUCAGUAUUCAGCACAGACUCUUUCGGCCUCGAGGUUGUGGAUGACAAGGCCUUGCUGACGCUACUUGAAGUCGACAUUUACACUGUUCUGAAUGUUGUUGUCCAUGCCUACCAGGACAGAUUCGUUCCAGUAUGGAAGUACACGCGCGAGGCACCUCCACUUGCGUUCCGUUUUCGACAAGUUAGGACAGAGUUGAUGAAAGUAGCAACAAAUCUUGCCCUACCAAAACUGGAGGCGGCAGUCCGCCUGCAGACGGGUGUGGAAGAAUCCCUCGACAGCGAUUUCAGACAAGCAAUCCUUGAUCCUUCUUUCUUCGACGACGGUGAUAUCAUCAUUGAGUUGGAUGGAGAGGACAUAAUGGCGCAUAGCCAACUAUUGUGUCAAAGGUGCCCCUUCUUUGAGGGUUUGUUCAAUGGACGGUCUCAGGGCCAGUGGCUUGCCGGACGCCGUGCUGGCAUGGACUCUGCGGAAAGAAUCAGGGUGGAUCUCAGCCAUAUCGACCCCGAAACAUUUCAAUACGUCAUGUCCUUUGUCUAUGCAGAUGUAGGACGGGAGCUCUUUGAUACUGUUUCAGUGUCUAAUUUGGAUGAGUUGUCAGAGCUUGUGCUUGACGUGAUGAGUGCUGCAAAUGAGCUGAUGCUUGACAGAUUGUCCCAAGUCUGUCAAGGUCUCAUUGGCAAGUUUGUGACAACAAGAAACAUAUCAAACCUGCUCAACGAGAUAAGCCCUUGCUCCAUUACAGAGUUCAAAGACACUGGUCUUGAAUACAUCUGCCUUCAACUGGAAUCAAUGCUCGAGAACCACCUUCUUGACGACUUAGAUGAAGAUCUUCUGCUGGAGCUCGAUGAAGUGGUCCGAGACAAUCAACUUGCACGGUUCCCAUUUGUACGGAGCGGAAGAGCAGACUUACUACUCCAUGAAAGUCAUCCCGAAUUGGCUGCUGAUAUCGAUGAGGAGCGUCAGGCUAGGAUCAAAGAGAUGGCCUACAAGGCAACUCAGCGGGAUGACGAGAAGAAACUCUCAUCAUCAUUCAAGGCUCGAAUGGGAAGUCUAGAUGAAGGCAGUCCGCUACAAACACCAGAUACAAUUCGACGCAAGUCCAGAGGUGGGCGGAAUGAGCCUUUUAGCCCCAGUCUUCGGCCCAAGCAAUCGCAGGCAGACAUGAUCUUUGAUAUGGAGGAUGAGGACGGCUCUUUGUCUGCUAAGCCACGAUCCCCGAUGAACGAAGCUACAAAUCUUCGUUCACCUCCGGAGAUAGACGACAUGCCCCAGCUUCCUAAAGCAUGGCGGGAAUCAAAGGGCAAAGAGCUUGCAGGCUCUUCACUUAGCCCAACUCCUCUUGCCUUUUCCAUGUCCCCAGAGCCUCAACCGUCCGAACUGGGCAGUUUGAAGACACCAGGCGGUGCAUUAUCAAAGCCCGGCGUCCCAUGGUCAGCGUCUAAAUUAGCAACAUCGAAGUUGGAUCUGAAAGAUAUCAUGUCUGAGGCGUCUACGUCUGCUUUAACUGCCGGGCUCCAAGCGCAGAGAAAGCAAGACGCUGCAGCAAACAAACCACAAACCAAGAUAUCUCAAAAAGAACGGAAGAGGCAGCUCCAAGCAUUGGCAGCAGCAGAAGCAGCGGCGAAGGACGAGUCGACGAAUCAUGUGCCUUGGGAGAGUGUUCCAGAAGGAGGGCGACCAGCGCCUUGGAAAGCAGCAAGUCCGGCACCCAAGACGUCGCUGAAAGAGGCCAUGUCCGCGGAAUCCAACAUGCCAAGGGGGGUAUCUGCUAACGCAAAACCUCUCGUCGCUUCAGAAACGAAAGCAAAGACGGCGACACGGCGUACUGCGUCACCCGACACAAGGUUCCCGGGUCAGGGUCGAACCAACAGCUCCCCCGCAAUUGUCGCAGGACCCUCGACAGAGCAGCCUAAGAAGCCAUUGGUACCACACUCCAAGUCGUACAUUACACCGGCACCAAAAGCGGAGCCCACGCUCGGAUUCAGUAUGGCCGAUAUCAUUGGCCAACAGAAGCGCGAGCAGGAGGCCGUCAAGGAAGCGGUUGCGAAGCGUUCACUUCAAGAGAUUCAGCAAGAGCAAGCGUUCCAAGAGUGGUGGGACCAAGAGAGCAGAAGAACACAAGAGGAAGAGGCCAGGCGGAAGCAGAAAGAAGGUCGAGAAAAGGACAACAAGGGUACGAAAAGGGGUGGUCGGCGAGGACGAGGUAGUAAGGCCAAAGACACCGGUGAAGCGGCUACAGACAGCGGGCAAAGCGGCACAAACGGAAGAAAAGGCGGAGGCCCUGCCGGCUCAAGCAGCACAAACACUCGGGGAUCGGGAGGCGGACGAGGUGGAGGUGGAGCCGGGGGUGGCCGAGGCAGGGGAGGAAAGGGACGUGGCAAUAAGUCCCAGGCUACAUGA